UGUCUGUGCACUAACUGCGAGCUGCACUUGUGGGAAAUGCUAUUGCUAAAGAACUUGGAGACUUAUCAAACUAUACUAAGUCUGCAGGGUGCAUGAUAAUCUGGACUUGAUGCAUGGCCGUUGCAUGUGCCCAGCUGUUUGUGUGGGACUGAGAGCACCAAGCUGCAGCCAUGGCUCAGACUAUGCACUUCAACAACAAUGGCUCAGAGAGAGGACAAAGAUGCCCGAGCACAGAAGAGGACAAGGACUCGGUGGCCCCCUAUUAUGUUGAAACUCCUUACGGUUAUCAGUUAGACCUGGAUUUCCUCAAGUAUGUCGAUGAUAUUGAGCGGGGUAACACCAUUAAGAAACUGAGUAUUCAGAGAAGGCCCAGAGGGCCUAGGCCGCUGGCUCUGCCGCGGGGCAGUUCUCAGGCUGAAUGGACGUCCACAGACUCUCUGUCCUCCUCCAACAGCGACGACAAACAGUCCCCAGUGUCCUUCAGCUCCAGGCCCCUCUGUCCCGCUCCUCUCACUCCCACCCUAAGCUCCUCCAGUGAGCAGGCCUACUGCAGCACAGAGCAUAGACCAUUGCUGCCCCCACAGUCUCCCCGCAUCACCUCCCGCCACAACCCCCAGGUGGAGAAAACCCUGAUGGAGACCAGGAGGCGGCUUGAGCAGGAGAGACUGAUGCAGCCCCUCAGUGAGCCCCCGCGCCGGCGCCUCGCUAGCUUUGGAGGUUUAGGGUCUAACAGCUCUCUGUCUUCGUACUCUGGCUCCAUAGGCCCCAGUCAGAUCUCUCCCUCAGCCCACCAGCCUCUAACCAUCAAUGGUCACCUGGCCAACGGAGAGUACCCCUACUACCCCACUUCUCUGGGAGGCUCCAUUCGCCACAGCCCCCUGAGCUCUGGCAUGACCACCCCUGUGACCAAUGUCAGCCCUCUGCAGCUGCAGCAGAUUAGAGAGCAGAUGGUGAUCGCUCUGAAGAGGCUGAAGGAGCUGGAGGAGCAGGUGAAAACCAUUCCAAUCCUUCAGGUGAAAAUCGCAGUUCUCCAGGAGGAAAAGCGGCAGAUGGCGGCUCAGUCCAAAAGCCCUGGUGGCUUUCGUAAGCGUUCCUACAGUGUUGGCAGCGCUGACCAAAUGGAAAAUCAAAGUUUGAUUCAAAAGGAAAUGGAACUGCACAUUAAGGAGCCUGAAGCUCCGGAACAGAGCAGUGAAAGGCUGGACGAGUUUAGACGAUUGGCUGCGGAGGUCCAGGCUCUGGAACAGACAACACGAGAAAGCACAGAAAGUGAUACUCUGUCGAACAUUCGUGUGCAAAACCAAACCCAUCAAAAGUCUGUUGGCACAGUUACUGAUGAAAACAUGAACAAUCUGACCCACCAAAAACUGACUCCAGAGCACAGUAAACGAGAUGUAGCUGUAGCAACAGACGUGAGGAAAAUGUGUAGUGCUGCUGUGAUGGUGACGGAGAAUAUGUUGGGCUUUACUAGUGAUUCAGAGAAGGAAAUCGAACUCCAGCAGCAGACUAUUGAUGCUCUGAAAGAGAAGAUCUAUCGCUUAGAAGUCCAACUCAAAGAAACAACUCAUGAAAUGGAGAUGGGCAAGCUCAAGCUAGAGCUACAAGCAGCCGGAGGGUCAACUAAGAAAAAGUGCGACAAAGGUUUCAUGGUGAGACCUGAAACGUACAAUGCAUGUGUGGAGGCAAAAGUCCAGGUGCGUAGUCAGGGUGUGGGCGAUGGUCUGAACAUACCCCCAUUUAAAAGUGCAGGUCACGCUGUUGGGGUCUCCUGUCAGCCUUGUGUGCGCUCUGUGGCUGUGGGUCCAGAGGUCUCCAUGGAGCGAUGGGUGGUGCAUGAGCAAGUGGAGCUCAGUGACAAAAGUGUAGGACGAGAAGUGGAGAUGCGCCAUCAGGAAGUAAGCGUGGAGAGAGAUGUUUGUGAGACUGGAGUUAAUACAGAGGAGUCUAUGAGCACUGAGAGUUUUAGCAAAGUGUUGACCAAAGAGAGCAGGUCAGUGGGCUGUGGGGACUGUUCUGUGGAUGUUGUGGUCAGUCCUAUAAAGACUUUGGUCUCACAAGGAACUGAGGUAGAUCUGGUCACAAAGAUGGAUUCCGCAACCAUGGCAAUUCCUGAGUUGGCAACGCAGCAGACCAACACUGACCAUCAAGGUAAAAGCAUUUCUACAAAUACAGAUGCAGCGGUUUUGAUUGACUCUUCCACACAUAUGCUGCUGAUUACCGAGGACAAGCACACCAACACAGCCGUGACUGAGACCAGAACAGUGGCUGCAGGAGAAGGUCUAGUCAAAGACCUCCACUCACCCACUAAGAUCCGCUCUGUUGCUGUGGGAACUGUCACAGAUGUGCAGUCAUUCCCUGGCAAAUCAAGCUCCUUGAAAACCAAAGAAUGCGGGGUGGGACCAGUUAACAUUUAUGAAAACUAUUUAGUUGGCUUAAAAACAAGAAAUAUUGCAUGUGGCCCUUCCCAGCCAGCUGACUCAGAACCUGUUACGAGCACUACUAAAGAGCAUCUUGAGUGUGUGAGUGUCCCAGUCCAUAAUAAGCCCCAGGAGGGUGCGGGGCUGGACCAUUACAUCGAGAGGGUCCAAAAGUUGCUACAGGAACAACAGAUGCUCCUGGCAGAGAACUACAGUGAACUCGCGGAGGCUUUUGGUCAACCCCAAAGUCAGUUCAAUUCCAUAAACAGCCAGCUGGUCAGCACACUAUCAUCCAUAAACUCUGUUAUGAAGUAUGGAAGUGCUGAGGACAUUCUCAAGCUGCAGAUGGAGACCAUUUGCCCACUGUCAGUUGGCGCUGAGCAGCAGAGACUGAAGUCCCACUCAGGGGGAGCAGAGCAGGCUAACACAGACCAGACCACAGUCACUGACCCAAACACUCAGGCCCAGCAUGCCAUCAGCGCAGAGCAGAAGAGUCGCAUGGAUAUACAGAUGUCUACUGCACUACACGGACAGCACUGCAGUCAGAGCACUCUGAAGUCCAUUAUGAAGAAGAAAGAUGGUCAGCCUGAGUCCAAUGGCACAAAGAAGAACCUACAGUUUGUUGGAGUAAACGGAGGCUAUGAAACAACAUCAAGUGAUGAGUCCAGCUCAGAGGACAGCAGCUCAUCUGAUGAAGAAGAAGAGGACAGUGAGCUUGGGAAUUCAGAAGGCUAUAAGAACGUGCAGAGCCAAAAUACUAGGGAGGAGUUUGAGGCAGAAGGAGCUGAGGAUGUGAAUGAGAAAGAUGCAGAUGCAAGUUCAGAAAACAGAGAACGGUAUGAGCUGAGUGAGAAGAUGAUAGCCGCCUGUGAUGUGCUGAAGACCCACCUUAGUGACGCUAAGGCUGCAAACAGUAAAGACUUGAGAGCCUGUUUGAACACUGUUCAGCACGAGUGGUUCCGUGUGUCCAGUCAAAAGGCAGCUACAGCGCACCUGGUGGAGGACUACUUGAGCGGCUUCGGGGCCGUCUCACCUGCUGUACUGCGGCACAUUGUCAACAUGGCUGACGGCAAUGGCAACACUGCUCUGCACUACAGCGUGUCUCACUCCAACUUCCAGGUGGUGAAGAAACUACUUGAUGCAGAUGUGUGCAACGUGGACCAGCAGAACAAGGCGGGAUACACUCCCAUCAUGCUCGCUGCUUUGGCUGCCGUGGAAACAACUAAAGACAUGCACAUUGUGGAGGAGCUCUUCAGCAAGGGUGACGUCAAUGCCCGUGCCAGCCAGGCAGGUCAGACGGCUCUGAUGCUAGCGGUCAGUCAUGGGCGGAUGGAUAUGGUUCGUGCCCUGCUGGCUCACGGUGCAGAGGUCAACAUCCAGGAUGACGAGGGCUCCACUGCCCUCAUGUGUGCCAGUGAGCACGGCCACGUGGAGAUAGUCAAACUGCUGCUGGCUCAGCCAGGCUGUGACGCCACACUGAGUGACAGUGAUGAAAGUAAUGCCCUGUCUAUUGCUCUGGAAGCUGGACAUAAGGACAUUGCAGUACUGCUUUAUGCUCAUGUGAACUUUUCCAAAGCCCAAUCACCAGGAACCCCUCGUCUCAGCAGGAAGACGUCCCCUAGCCCCACUCGGAGGGGGUUGUUUGACUAGAGGACCCAUUCCUGCCACAAACUCUGUGCUGCUAUUGGUUCGGGCUGAAUGCGCCUUCCCCACAGCUGGAUGUGGGAUGCCCCCUCUGUGUGCUGCCUCUGUCUGGAUGAGCCCAAGUGCCCUUGAAGAUGAAUGUAACCUGCUGGUGCCUCAUGUCCAACCAGAAACCAUCACAUCACAUGUUUUUAACCAAAUGCCAUUUGCUCUUUUUUUGCAUUUUUUUUAUUUAGCAAAUUUUUUGCAAAUAUUUUUUAUUUUAUUUUAAUUAGUCAAGGGGGGUUCUUUAAGCAACUAAUACAAUGCUACGCAGAGCAGUCAGUAUCUCUUGUACAUAUUGCUAACCUCAACAUAACAGCCUCAGAUAAAAUUGCUGUCUGCUGCUUAUGUGAACAAACAACACAUUGGAGUAAAUAUGUUUAUUUGACUGGUCAAACUGUACUUUUAUAUAAAUCAUUUUUAUUCUUUCUAUUCUAUUUAAAAGAAGAAUCACAGUAUUUUAAAUAUAUCUAAACAAUCAAUGAAGUUGUAUAUUUAUCAUGAGCAUAGUUUUGAAAGCAGAUCUGUGUAUUCAUUGUACAUACAAGAGUCAUUAAAUUCUUCUUUUUGUCUCAUGUCCACAUUACGUGUUUGUCUACAUGUAUAAUACAUGUCUAGUGUUCAUAAUAGUACUUUCAACUGUAACUGGGAACUGAAGUGCCUGACAAUUUGCCAUAAAACAAUAAACCAUUUUUAACAGA